AUGGCCGAGCAGAAGUACCGUGAGGAGAAGGACACCUUCGGUCCCCUCAAGGUCCCCGCCAACCGCUACUGGGGUGCCCAGACCCAGCGUUCGCUCCAGAACUUUGACAUUGGUGGCCCCACCGAGCGCAUGCCCGAGCCCCUCAUCAAGGCUUUCGGUGUCCUCAAGAAGGCCGCUGCCCAGGUCAACCAGACCUACGGCCUUGACGCCGCUGUUGCCGAGAACAUUGGCAAGGCUGCCGACGAGGUCAUCUCGGGCAAGCUCAUCGAGGAGUUCCCCCUUGUUGUCUGGCAGACUGGCUCGGGCACCCAGACCAACAUGAACGUCAACGAGGUCAUCUCGAACCGUGCUAUUGAGUUGAUGGGUGGCCAGCUUGGCUCCAAGACCCCCGUCCACCCCAACGACCACGUCAACAUGUCGCAGUCGUCGAACGACACCUUCCCCACUGCCAUGCACGUUGCUGCCGUUGUUGAGAUCCGCUCGCGCCUCCUCCCCGCUCUCCGUGAGCUCCACGAGGCCCUCGCUGCCAAGCAGGCCGCGUUCCAGGACAUCAUCAAGAUUGGCCGUACCCACCUCCAGGACGCCACUCCCCUCACCCUCGGCCAGGAGUUCUCGGGCUACGUGACCCAGCUUGAGCGCGGCAUUGUCCGUGUUGAGACCACCCUCAAGCACCUCUCGCAGCUCGCCCAGGGCGGUACCGCCGUCGGCACUGGCCUCAACACCCGCGCCGGCUUUGACGUCAAGGUCGCCGCCGCCAUCUCCAACAUUACCGGCUUCCCCUUCGAGACCAACCCCAACAAGUUUGAGGCCCUCGCUGCCCACGACGCCAUCGUCGAGGCUUCCGGUGCCCUCAACGUCGUUGCCGUCUCGCUCAUGAAGAUUGCCAACGACAUCCGUUACCUCGGCUCGGGCCCCCGCUGCGGUCUUGGUGAGCUCGAGCUCCCCGAGAACGAGCCCGGAUCGUCGAUCAUGCCCGGCAAGGUCAACCCCACCCAGUGUGAGGCCCUCACCAUGGUCGCUGCCCAGGUUAUGGGUAACAACACCACCAUCUCGGUCGCUGGCUCGUACGGCCAGUUCGAGCUCAACGUCUUCAAGCCCGUUCUCAUCAAGAACCUGCUCCAGUCGAUCCGUCUGCUUGCCGACGGCUCGCGCAGCUUCACCAAGAACUGCGUUGUUGGUAUCAAGGCCAACGAGCAGCGCAUCAACAAGAUUAUGAACGAGUCGCUUAUGCUGGCGACCUGCUUGAACAGCGUGCUUGGCUACGAUGACGUCGCCGCCAUUGCCAAGAACGCCCACAAGAAGGGUAUCACCCUCAAGGAGUCGGCGCUCGAGUCUGGCAAGAUCACCGCUGAGGAGUUUGACGCCCGUGUCCGCCCCGAGCUCAUGAUCGGCCCCGACGAGGCCUAA